CCCAGACGAAACUCUGAUUUCAGUGCUUCUGAAGACAAAACAACACAAACAUUCACAUAUUGAAAGUUCACUCGGUUUGAACAAUGGCCUCAUCUACUGGCCCGCAGUUCACCGAUCGGAGUGCAAAAGCUCUGACCGAUGCUGCUGCUCUUGCAGAACAAUACGCCCACACCCAAAUCCUCCCCGUCCAUUUGGCAGUUGCACUGUUUGAUCCUCCUCCAGACGAAUCCAAAGAUCAACAGACGACGGCCAAUGCCUCACAACAACAUGCCUCCGCUCCCCUCUUUAGACAGGUCGUCGAACGAGCCCACGGUGACCUCCAGUUACUCGACAGAGCCCUGAAAAAGGCCCUCGUCCGUCUACCUAGUCAAGACCCUCCUCCCGACCAUGUCACCAUGUCUCCACAACUCUCAAAGGUCAUUCGAUCUGCUCAAGAACUCCAAAAAACACAAAAGGACAGCUUUGUUGCCAUCGAUCACCUCAUCACAGCCUUGGCUCAAGACCAAAAGAUCAUGGACUGCCUGAGAGAGGCUAACAUCCCCAAUACCAAACUCAUCGACAGUGCCAUUCAGCAAAUCCGUGGCACAAAGAGGGUCGAUACCAAGAAUGCCGAUUCGGAACAGGAGAACGAGAACCUCUCAAAGUUCACCAUCGACAUGACCCAGUUAGCAAGAGAAGGCAAACUGGACCCUGUCAUUGGUCGAGAAGAAGAAAUUCGGAGAGUUAUUCGAAUCCUGUCUCGAAGAACAAAGAACAAUCCCGUCCUCAUUGGUGAGCCCGGUGUCGGAAAGACCACUGUCAUUGAAGGUCUUGCACAACGUAUCAUCAACGCUGAUGUUCCGGCCAACCUCGCAGCGUGUAAGUUACUCUCGCUCGACGUGGGUUCUCUUGUGGCGGGAAGCAAAUAUCGUGGUGAAUUUGAAGAGAGAAUGAAGGGGGUUCUCAAGGAGAUUGAAGCCUCACAAGAAAUGAUUGUCCUCUUUGUCGACGAAAUCCACCUGCUCAUGGGCGCUGGCGCUAGUGGCGAAGGAGGUAUGGACGCUGCCAACCUUCUCAAGCCCAUGCUUGCUCGUGGUCAACUGCACUGUAUUGGUGCCACCACCCUCGCUGAGUAUCGAAAGUACAUUGAAAAAGAUGCUGCUUUCGAGCGGCGAUUUCAGCAAGUCUUGGUCAAGGAACCUACCGUCUCCGAAACCAUCUCCAUUCUUCGCGGCCUGAAAGAACGAUAUGAGGUCCAUCACGGUGUGACGAUCCUCGAUGGUGCAAUCGUGGCUGCAGCAACCCUAGCAGCCCGAUAUAUCACUUCGCGAAGAUUGCCGGAUUCGGCAGUCGACUUGAUCGACGAGGCGGCGGCCGAUGUUCGGGUCAUCCGAGAAUCACAACCAGAAGUGCUGGACAAUCUUGAACGACGGCUGAGACAGCUCGAGAUUGAAAUUCACGCUCUGACAAAAGAGACAGACCCUGCGUCAAUUCAAAGACUCGAAGAGGCCAAGAGGGAGGCUGCAAAUACAAAAGAAGAACUAGAACCCUUGAAGGAGCACUACGAGCGGGAAAAGGCCCGGUCAAGAGAGAUCCAAGAAGCGAAGAUGAAGCUGGAACAACUCAAGAACAAACGAGACGAAGCUGAGCGAUCCAACGAUCUUCAGACCGCUUCUGAUUUGACGUACUUCGCCAUCCCUGAUGUCACCGCCAAAAUCAAGGGCCUCGAGGCCGCACGAGCCCAAGCGGACGCCGAACAGCACGCACGAGCUGGAGCGCUUGGAGAAGCCUCACCGACGGAUGCCGUCGGACCGGAACAAAUCAACUCCAUCGUGGCCAGACAAACCGGUAUCCCAGUCACACGGUUACGAGCAUCGGAAAGGGAAAAGAUCCUCCACAUGGAGCAACACCUGCAGCAGAUUGUGGUUGGACAAAAGGAAGCUGUCAAGUCAGUAUCCAAUGCCAUCAGGCUGACAAGAUCUGGACUGGCAAAUCCAAAUCAACCACCAAGCUUCCUCUUCUGUGGUCCUUCAGGAACCGGUAAGACGUUGCUCACCAAAGCACUUGCCGAGUUCUUGUUCGACGACCCCAAGGCCAUGAUUCGGUUUGAUAUGUCUGAGUACCAAGAAAGACAUUCCCUGUCAAGGAUGAUCGGAGCUCCUCCUGGAUAUGUCGGUCACGACGCCGGUGGUCAACUCACCGAGGCACUCCGCCGACGACCAUUCUCCAUUCUAUUGUUUGAUGAAGUAGAAAAGGCAGCGAAAGAAGUUUUGACUGUCAUGCUUCAACUUAUGGAUGAUGGCCGUAUUACUGACGGUCAAGGCCGUGUCGUCGAUGCAAAGAACUGCAUUGUCGUCAUGACAAGUAAUCUGGGAGCCGAAUAUCUCGCACGAAACAACGCUCCUGACGGUAAAAUUGACCCCGCGACCAAGGAACUGGUCAUGAACGCACUUCGAAACUACUUCCUGCCCGAAUUCCUGAACCGUAUCAGCUCAAUUGUCAUCUUCAACAGGUUGACGCGGCGCGAAAUUCGCAAGAUUGUGGAUGUGCGGCUACGGGAGAUUCAAAAACGGCUGGAAUCAAACGACAAGAAGAUCACCAUCGAUGCUACGGACGAAGUCAAAGACUACCUUGGAGCCGCUGGCUACUCACCGGCAUAUGGCGCUCGUCCUUUGCAACGGUUGAUCGAGAAGGAGAUCCUCAAUCGUUUGGCCGUGCUCAUCCUCCGAGGAGCCAUCAAAGAUGGCGAGACUGCUCGUGUGGAAUUGGAUGAUGGAAGAAUUGUUGUACUUCCGAACCACACCGACAGUGACAUGGACGAUGACGAGGACAUGAUCGACGAGGAUGAUGCUAUGCUCGAACUCGAGGAUGCACCCAAUGGAAACAUGGAUCUGUACGAGUAAGAGGCAUCAUACAGAGAAGGGCCAAUAUGGGUGGAAGAGUCCGGCGCAAAACGGAAUGAAAUGAUGUAUGAAUUAUUGAUAACAUGAUUUCAAAAGAGGAAUACGAGCUCAAGACGUAAUGAUUUCAAAAUGAUACAUAUCAGAAUGUCGCUUUCCUCCAAGCUGGCGCGACGAGCGAUUUUAGCUGGUGUUGCUUUGCUUUACUAUGAGGAUUUUUGGGGACAGUUACCAAAAACUAGAGACAUUGUAUUCACCUGCAGAUAGAAAUGGACAGAACCAUUGCAUAUCACAUUGAAUAGAAAUAAACAAAGAACUAUUGAAUACAA